AUGGAGAUCACCAAGUUUGUCGUCUCUGGGCGCGACAAGGCAAAGCUUUACGGCGACUAUGCGACAUACCGAUCGCAGCUGUCAAAUCGCAUCCACAACCUUCGCAAAAGACUUGGUAUUGCAACCAAACCCCGCGCGAAAUAUACCGCCAAAGCCCCGGUGACACCAGAAGACAUUGGACGCAAUCAAGAAUUCGUUCACCUCCUCCUACUUACAUCGGAACGAGCCUGGGCGAAUGCUAUGUCAAUGCGGGAAGUACACUCGACGGAGAAGAAAGGAAUUACUGGCUCGACUCGAUCCCACAUAAUAUCCCGAUUACACAAGGCUACCAUCUAUGCGAACGAUCUAUUCAGGCUUCUUAGUGAUCAGGCCGGAACAGGUGCCGAAGAUGAAGAUGUGCUUGAAGCACGUGCGUAUGCAGCUUCACUCACUGGGGCUAGGGAAUUCGAGAAGCAAGGCUGGGAGGGAUGUGUGAAGAGCUAUUCAGAAGCUAGAAUCAUAUACAGUGCCCUGGCUACUGCUACAAAGAGCGAAAUCUUCAAAGAUUUACUGUCAGAUCCAGUCGAUGUUAGCAUACGAUAUGGAGCAUAUCAAAUGAGAAUGCCGCGGACAGUGGCAGUGCCUGCUAUUGCUCGAAAGUUCUUUCCCAGAGAAGACACCGGGCUGGUUUCACAAGUGGAAAAGUUGGAUCCCGAUGUGUUGAACGACCAGCCUACAAAAGCUCGAGAGGCCACGGAGACUGCAGCGGUUCCCAAAACAAUCACCUGGAGAUCUCGGACGGUGGAGUUGGAGGAUGCGGCAAUAGCAACAGCGCUGGCAUCUGUUAAUAGUGCUUCACAGAAGUUAUCAGAGACAUUAGCAUCUGCUAAAGCUACUCAGGCCAGAGAUCGAGCUGCAGCCUAUGAUGAUAUCCUUAUUUCAAGUCAAGAUGCAGUUGAUGCAACAAAGCAUGCAAUAGACGAGUUAAUAGCAGAGGGCGUUGGACAGGGCGAUAGGCGUAUACAAAGUCUGCAGAUUACGCGUACAGCAGUCAGCUAUGCUAUGGUCAGUUGGCGAAUCGGCCGAAACAGGGUGAUGGUUGGUGAACGGGAUGGAGCAAUAGUAGUAGAAUUAGCUCCGAACAAACCCAAAAAGAAGAACCAAAAGCCAAUUAAAGAAGAAGGGACAGGACGAAAGCUUGCGCAUUUCAGAGAGAAGGCUGUACUAUACGAUGCAAUUCUGCAAAGUUUGGAUUCAAUCAAGGAGCUCCCAGGCGUUGCCGCAGAUUCGUCAUUUUUGGGCGAGCUGGAAUCAAAACACGGCUAUUUCUCAGCACUAAAAUGCUUGAACAUAGCCCGCUCCCACUCUUUGCUAUCGAACCCAAAGAAUGCCCUCGCACUGCUAGCCCGAGCUUCAGAAAAAUCCAAUGCCGCAAACUCUCAUUUAUCUUCGUCCAUGGACGCCUCAGACUCCUCGCCGCCUAACAUUGCGGUCUCUGCCUCUGAAGCUAAAUUCCUCAAAGAUCUUCUGGAUGGCGAAGUCCAGCGUUACAGAGCACUAGUCGAGCUCUCUAACCUUGAAAACACCCAAAAGACAUCCGAGAGCCCACAACCGCUUGUCGAGCGUUUGAACGACUACCCAACCGCCGGGGUGACGUUGUCAAACCUAGUCACCUACCCGCCAAAACUGGAGCCGGUACCAGUGAAGCCACUGUUUUUCGACGCCGCAUGGAAUUACAUCGAGUAUCCAGGACGAGAGGUCGAGAAAGGUGCUGAAAAUGGGGCUAGGGACAAGACUAACCCAGUUAAGGGUGCGGAACAGGCGGCUCAGCAGAAGAAGGGCUGGUUUGGGUUUGGUAGAUAG